UGAUUUUCAUUCAUCAGCGUUCGUGCAAACUUUUCCUACAGGCUGAAUUUCCAUUAUAGUCCCAACGUUAUCGCCGGCGAGCGCAGGACGUUUUACAGCAGAGAGACACCGUUCCGUCGAACGAAACCUUUGGCCGCAAGAAGCAGUCAAUGGCUUGGUGAAUUUAGGCGAUACGCGAAAAAAUUCCGGCUCCUGCUAUGCUUUGAAUAUCGAACCUUGCCGGUUGUCCUCGAUAUCCGAUACGUUUUGAAAUGAAGUGUUUAUAAUUUGUUCGAUAAUAGUUUGUUGGUAUACAAGUCCACGUGCUUUGACCACAAACAUGUCAGUGCCAAACAUCGAGAAGGACGACGAGGGUAAUGUGAAAGAUGUCGAGCUGUCCUAUCUACAUCCAGAAUCCGAAAAAAGGACACGCUUUCAGGUGAAUAGAGUCAGGAAUGAAAGCCAUAACAGAGACAACUCCUCGGAUGUCAGGAUAGAAAUAAAUGGCGAACAAACUAACUCCGAUUAUGACGAUAACGAUGACGAUAUACAUUCCGUCAGCGAUAGGACUAGGCUGAAUUCGGAAUAUGGUAAAAGUUUCAGGCACUUGACCAGGGAGGCUCUGCCAAGGAUGGAAAAUUACAGAAAUAUCAUGUCUCUCCAAGCAGCAAAUAGACCAACACUGGACGAAUUACAUAAUGCAACACUGACCAAUAAGAAUCAGACACAUGGGACUCUGAACGGAAAACAUUCCCUCAACGAGGGACAAAUAAAGUUUGGAUGGAUAAAGGGCGUAUUAGUACGAUGCCUUUUGAACAUAUGGGGUGUGAUGUUAUUUUUGCGGUUGACGUGGGUGGUUGCUCAGGCUGGUGUAGGAGAAUCUAUGCUGUUAAUUCUUACGGCAACGGCUGUGACUUCAAUAACUGCAGUCUCGAUGUCAGCUAUCAGUACUAAUGGUGUGAUUAAAGGAGGUGGUACCUACUACAUGAUCUCGAGGAGUUUGGGGCCCGAAUUCGGAGGGUCCAUAGGGUUGAUAUUCUCCCUGGCCAACGCGGUUGCUUGUGCCAUGUACGUGGUCGGUUUUUGCGAGUCCCUCAACGAUCUCCUCGGCCAGUUCCAUUUGUCGAUAGUGGAUGGAGGCAUACAAGAUGUCAGAAUUAUCGGAUGUAUCACUGUAGUGAUUUUGACGGUUAUAGUUGUCGUCGGAAUGGAAUGGGAGGCAAAGGCGCAAGUUGGACUGUUGAUCAUUCUUCUAGUCGCAAUUGUCGAUUUCUUCGUAGGAAGUAUCCUCGGACCUCAGAAUGAACUAUCGAAAGCUAAAGGUUUUGUGGGUUUCAAUGUGGAAGUUCUAAAAGAAAACCUACAUUCGGACUAUCGCUAUUCAGAAGGCGUGAAACACGAUUUCUUCAGUGUCUUCUCUGUAUUUUUCCCAGCCGCUACAGGCAUUCUCGCAGGUGCAAAUAUAUCAGGGGACUUAAAGGAUCCGCAGUCAUCAAUACCGAAGGGUACAUUAUUGUCAAUUGUUAUAACCUCAUUAACCUACAUGCUGAUGGCAUUCGUUGCUGGAUUCACAGUACAAAGAGAUGCCACAGGAAAUGUAGAGGAUUACAUAAACGGCAGUAAACCAAUCUGCGUACCUGGAGAAUGCAAAUAUGGACUCCACAACAGUUUUCAGGUGGUGGAACUGGUAUCAUGGAUUGGUCCCAUUAUCUACGCAGGUUGUUUUGCAGCCACACUAUCCUCGGCUCUAGCCUCUCUAGUGUCUGCUCCGAAAGUUUUUCAAGCUCUUUGUAAAGACAAGCUGUAUCCCAAGAUAGAAUGGUUCGGUAAAGGCUACGGUCAGAACGGCGAACCUAUCAGAGGCUACGUUCUCACUUUUAUAAUCGCAGUUGCCUUCAUCUUGAUAGGUGAACUCAAUCUCAUAGCCCCCCUCAUCUCAAACUUUUUCUUAGCUGCCUACACCCUCAUAAACUUCUCCACAUUCCAUGCAUCAUUGGCCAAACCAGUUGGAUGGAGACCCACUUUCCGAUACUACAACAUGUGGUUGAGCCUUCUGGGGGCCAUAUUAUGCGUCAUGGUAAUGUUUUUGAUAUCAUGGUGGACCGCUCUGCUGACGUUGGCAUCAGUGCUGGCGUUGUAUCUAGUGGUGUCCUAUAGAAAACCAGAUGUCAACUGGGGUUCUACUACGCAGGCACAAAUGUAUAAGACUGCAUUGCAGGCAGUCCAACAGCUUAACUCUGUAGAGGAGCACGUAAAAAAUUACAGACCGCAAAUUCUAGUAUUAUCAGGCAUGCCUAGUGCUAGACCGGCUUUGGUCGAUUUUGCGCAUUUACUAACGAAAAACCUGUCGAUGCUGGUAUGCGGGCACAUUACAGAGGAACCUCUACAUCAAAGAGUGCGGAAUGUUCUAUAUUACAAGGCACAUAGCUGGUUCAGAGCGCACAAGUUGAAGUCGUUCUAUGUGCAAGUCGACGGUAUGAAUUUUGAGCAAGGAAGUACGGCCCUUUUGAAGUCUUGCGGAAUAGGAAAGUUGAGACCUAACAUUCUCCUGAUGGGGCAUAAGAUGGAUUGGCAAAACUGUGGUCGAGAGUCACUACAACAAUACUUUGAAGUCCUUCAUACUGCCUUCGAUCUUCACUACGGAGUCGGAAUCCUAAGGCUUCAACAAGGACUGGAAAUCAGCCGAAACGCUUCUGAAGAACCCAACAAAAGCUCCGAAUCUCUUUCUAGAAACAGAUCGUAUAGUCAGCUCUCACAAGCCAGCAGUUACAGCGAUGUUUCCGUACCGGCAACACCAGUCUCGAGAAGAGAUCAAGUGAACGUUGAUCCCUCGGCAAACGACGAAAAUCCGAGGAAAAAAAUGAACAAGUCGAUUGCCGGUUCUAUAAGCGAGGCGUUAGGGGAAGAGGUCGAUCAGAGGUCGAAGAUAAGUAGGAUAUUUCAGUUCAGAAAGAAACAGAGACGAGGGGGGACCAUAGAUGUGUGGUGGCUGUAUGAUGAUGGAGGUUUGACUUUGCUGUUACCGUAUAUUCUCAGCACGAGGCAGAAUUGGAAUCACUGUAAGCUGAGAGUUUUUGCAUUGGCCAACAAACGUGAUGAGCUCGAGCUCGAGCAUAGGAACAUGGCAAGUCUGUUGGCGAAAUUCAGAAUAGAUUAUUCUGAUCUCUUGGUGGUGCCGGAUAUAACGAACAAGCCGUCCGAAAAAACACAACAGUACUUCGAAUCGCUGAUUGCCGAUUUCAGGAAAAAUUCAGAUCAGCAGAAUGAAUAUGGAAUUUCGGAAUCGGAACUGUUGGCAGUCAAGGAUAAAACUAACCGCCAAAUGCGUUUGAGGGAACUGUUAAUGGAGUACUCUUCUGAGGCGAAUUUAGUGGUUAUGACACUUCCGAUACCGAGAAAAAAUAUCGUGUCAGCCCCAUUAUACUUGGCGUGGAUUGAAAUGUUGACGAAAGAUAUGCCGCCGAUUCUGUUGGUUCGCGGCAACCAAACUUCUGUAUUAACUUUUUAUUCUUAAGAGUAAUUUAUUUUACGCCAUAUAGCUUUAUCGAAUAAUUUGUUCGUCAUCGACAAAAUCACAAAGUGUAACGCCUCAUUUUCGAACUUUAUAUAAGAUAUAGUAUUUUUUCAUAUAUUUUUAUACAUUACCAUCUCUAAGAGGAUCGAAUAAAAAAAGAUCAGGAAAUUUUCAAGUUUCAACAUAGAGAAUUAGUAUAAGUAUUCCUUUAAUGGUAGUUUUGAAGUCUGCUCCUCGAUGGUAUAAUACGCAAAAUAUUCUGCCAAUAAAUUUAUCAAAUGCCAUUUUGAAAGGCAUCCAGCA